AGCAGUUCACGCCGCUCAGAGCGCAAGACCGCACAAAACCAGCCGGUGCACUCUUGCAGUCCUGGGACGGAUUCUCAUUGUACUGUCACCAAUUUUUUUUCUUCCUAAAACUAUUUUUUAAUGGUUUAUAUAUUUCACUGGAUAUGUUGGUGGGAUUUUCAAAUGGCAUUUUCCUCCUGUUCUCCUGCGUGUUGCUGGAACCCGUGUUUGCAGUGGCCACACAGAUGUGCGACAUGAUGAAUGAAAUCGAUAAGGAGAGGAUCAUAUGCGAGGCUCAGAUUGAAAACAGAACAACAGGUUGCAGUAGGAUCUGGGACAAAAUCACCUGCUGGCCCAGUGCUGAUGUGGGAGAGGUGGUAACCAUCCUUUGCCCCAAAUUUCUCUUCUUUCACUCCGAGGAUGAUCGCGAACGUAACCUGUCAAAGACCUGCACUGCGGAUGGUUGGACCUCAGUCAGCAUGGACUCCUACAUAGCAGACUGUGGAUAUAAUCCCAACACCACCAUGGAUAGCCAUGAAGAGGUAUUCUUCCACGCCAUCAAAGUGGGAUACACCAUCGGUCACAGCGUGUCGCUCAUCUCUCUGACUGUCGCUAUCGUCAUAUUGUGUCUCUUCCGGAAGCUGCAGUGCACAAGAAACUACAUCCACAUGCAUCUGUUUGUGUCUUUCAUACUGAAAGCUGUGACUGUUUUCAUCAAGGACGUGGUUCUGUACGAAGUCGGCGAGACAGAUUGCCAAGCAUCUGUGGGAUGCAAGGCAGUGAUGGUUUUGUUCCACUACGGGGUCAUGGCCAGUUACUUCUGGCUGCUUGUGGAGGGCCUCUAUCUUCAUGCUUUGUUAGCUGUGUCCUUCUUCUCUGAGAGAAAGUACUUCUGGUGGUACAUCCUCAUUGGGUGGGGGGCUCCGACCAUCUUUAUCUCAGCGUGGGCGAUAACGAAGGCUUUUUUAGAUCACCCUGGAUGCUGGGAGACAAUUGAUGACGGCCCUUGGUGGAUCAUCAAAACCCCCAUUUUAAUCACCAUACUUGUGAACUUUUUCCUCUUCAUUUGUAUCAUCCGGAUUUUACGGCAGAAGAUGAAUUGCCCAGACAUUGGAAGAAAGGAGUCCAAUCAAUACUCGAGACUGGCUAAAUCAACUCUGUUGUUGAUUCCUCUCUUUGGCAUAAACUACAUUAUUUUUGCUUUCAUCCCCGAUGACAUUCACCCACAAGUGAGGAUGGUGUUCGAUCUUAUUCUCGGGUCAUUUCAGGGUUUUGUGGUUGCUGUCUUGUACUGCUUUCUAAAUGGAGAGGUGCAGUCGGAGAUUAAGCGUAAGUGGCGCAGGUGGAUGCUGCAGAGGUUUCUGGGUGCUGAUACUAAGUACCAGCAGCCCUCCAUGGGCAGCAACGGCAACAACUUCAGCACCCAGAUCACCAUGAUGACCAAAUGCAGCCCCACAACACGCCGGACAUCUGCGUGUCAGGAGCGCCUCUCGUCCAUCUGAUAUCCAGUUAAAGUUACUGUCGCUCUUUGAUUUAAAUCCUUAGGCACUGAAUGUGUGGCUCGCAUACGCUGUUGCCACAGGAUCAAUAUUGGUUACUGAGUAUUUUUAGCGAUUGCCUGUCAAAAAUUGAGUGAGACUGAAUUUUUCUUGCCAGAAUUGAAAGGUAAAACCGCUGUAAUGAGAGGCCUAGGGAGGUCUGCACCAACAAUCUGGUUUCUGAUAUUUGUAUGAAAGCCAAUGUCAUGUGGAAAUAUGUACAGAUGGGCUCAUACUGCAUAUUAGUGCUUUGUUGAUAUCUGGAACUGGAAAAGGCUACAGGCAAGUUAUAAAAAGUCGGUCCUCAGUGUAACAAUAAUGACAGUAACGUGCAGAGAGAAAGCUCUUCUUAACCCUCAUGGACACUGAAGUGAAUUCAAUGUCCUCUGACCAAUAACACCAGAGACAAGCUGCAAGAUGUUUAUCAAAAGGGUGUGUGACAGAGGAGGUCUCCAACCACUAAUGGCCCAUGUUGCUUAAGGGAACAAUGGAAGCAGCUUUAUUGACUGUGUCAGGCUGCUGUGAAUCUAAAGCACAGGCAGUGCAAUGGAGGUUCCUAAUGCUGCCUAUGACAGUUUUAUUCAGGGGAUACUCUGCUGAAUUACUGCCAGCUAACAUUCCAGAGGAGAGACUGAAUCUUCUGCUUGUGAAAUUCAGUUCAGAUUACAGAGGCUUUUAGUUUUUGUCUGAGUGCGCAGUCAGAUAACAGAUGGACCAGCUGUAUUCUAUUAAUCCACAACUUACAAGACUGUAAAUAAAUACGCAGUAACAACAACUUACUUCCAUUAACUGGAUUGCAUGGAUAGUUUAUUCCGCUGCAUUUAUUUUAAAUGUAUUCAUCUAUUUUAUUUCUCUAGUGAGACAAGCAGGUCAAAGUUUUCAUUAGCUGUAAAAUAUCUUGUUACUUACAACAUGAAUCGGCAUGCUCACGGAUCCCAGACUUUUCCCACUGGUCCCACACAAUAGUCUGUAUAUAAAAGAUGGAGGGGGCCACCGUGACAUCGCCUGUGGGUUUGUGAACUCCUUUUCUGAAGUGUCAACUUUAACUGUGGCUGUUGCAAUGUUGGGUUUUUGAAGGUAGAAGUGACCAUAUUUACACAAGGAUUAUUAACUAAUGCAAGCAAGCUUUGCUAGCAAGUUGCAUUUGUAAAACGCGUGGAUGCAUAACACAGAGAGAUGCAUAAAAAUGAAUGUUAGGCGUACAAAUAUAAUAACAGGAUAUCAUACACCGAAACUUCUUGGACUGUCUGUUAGAACUUUGUGCAACAGCACAGACACGGUGUAGACGUCCACUUCAGUGACUUGAAUGAGCUGAGGUGAGGCCUGGCAGAGAGUUUGUUGGCACCGACCUGCCACUCAGCUGACUGCGGUCCUAAUAAUGUAUUAAAACAGAGAUUAAUACAAUGUAAAUGAGUGAGGAGUUUUAGAAAAACAAAAUCACCCCUUGUACAUCAAAAUUAGUUGAGACAUUCACGUUUCCCUCAGGUUGUAACAACAUGAUUACUCAACGUUCUUCAUAAUCAGGUCAAAGUAUUUAUUUUGCCAAAUUAGUUCAUUUGUGGCCAAAUAUAGGCAACACUUAUAGCUUCAGCUGUCGUUUCUGUUUAGUGCUAAUUGAGAGAUGUGAGACUAACACGGUAAACAUUUCACCUGCUGUUACGGGGAGCACGUUUACAUAAAUGCUAGAGCUGAGCACCGCCUGCCUGGCUUUGGAGCUCACUGACAAUUUAUAAAGCUAAAAGACAUCACAAUUGUUGGCGUCACGUUUACAUUGCCCACGCAUUUUCUGCAGAACAGUUUUGUACGCUUACAUGUUCGGCGUCAGAUUCCGUCAGAGUCAUGCUGGUGCUUAUUUUAGUUCCAGUUUUUGUGGUGUGUGUGUGUGUGUUGUAAACUGAAACUGAGGUAAAGCUAACCUAAAAGUACCUCAGACAGGGAGCUAGUGAUGUGGAUAAAGAGUUGGUUUCUUGUGAGUUUUACGGUGAUGCUCUUUAGUGCUCAGGUGUCAACUGGAAAUAAGUGUUUACAUUUGAAAGUACUUCCUUACUCGUGAUAUUUGCUUACUGUCAGUGUAAAGUUGACAGUGUCUCUCUUGUGU